AUGGUGCAUUUAUAUGAAGAUGAGAAGGAUGACCGGGGUACCGUCUUUUUAAAGUAUCUGCUGUUCAUGUUCAAUUUCCUGUUUUGGGUGGGUGGCACAGCUGUAAUUGCGAUGGGCCUGUGGACUUUAAUGGAGAAAAGUGAUUACAUAAGUCUCCUUGCAACCAGUACUUUUUCGCUCUCUGCCUACAUUCUACUAUUCGCUGGGAGUCUAGUUAUGAUUACAGGAUUUCUUGGGUGCUUUGCAAUGAUCCGAGAACAAAAAAGCUGUCUUACUGUGUAUCUAUCAAUUUUGAUUUUAAUUUACCUUAUGGAGUUGGCUGCUGGCAUUCUCUCCUACGUAUAUUAUGAUAUGAUAAGCAAUGAACUCAGACAUAAUCUUAAUCAAACGAUUAUAGAAGAUUAUGCGCAGCCUGGGAAGAUGGAUAUAACACUUGCCAUUGAUAAUCUGCAACAAGACUUUAGAUGCUGUGGCAGUAAUAGUUAUCACGACUGGCUAUACAGCCUCUUCAUCAACUCAGAAAAAUCUGAAAAGAGAUUGGUACCGGACAGCUGCUGCAAAACUAUCACCUUAAACUGUGGAGCACGAGAUCAUCCUUCUAAUAUUUUCAAAGUGGAGGGUGGUUGUAUUACAAAACUGGAAGAGUUUCUGCAGGAACAUCUUUUGCUUAUUGGAGCAGUUUCUGUAGGAAUUGCUUGUUUUCAGGUAUUAUAG